GGAUAGUCCCGGGAAAUGGCCGGCUCUGAUUGGCUGGGUUGCUUUGGUAGCAGCUGCACGGCACUGGCGGAGGGAAGAAAAGAGCAAAAAAGGAAAAUAACAAGCACAAGUUCCAAGCCAAGGGUCCUGCGCUAGUGGAGCGGCUUUUGCUGUCGAUUACCGGUCCCGAUGGUCGUUCCGGCUGCCCGAUAUGCUUUCUAUAUAAUUCGCCAGCAUCGUUUCCCUCCAACCGGUUUCGACUGAUGUCUACAAGGAGCUCACAAGUUCCAGCACCUGCCGGUAACUUACCGCACACGGCUCCACCCACCCAUUCCUAUUAGCAGGACGAAGACAUACUCCUCGGCCGUGCUCAUGUCGUCCUACGACCACGCCCAUCUGGCCGCCUCACUUGAGGCGGCUAGCCAAGGGUUACCAACCACGAAGGUGGGCGUUUGGGUGCUUGGACUAGUCACUACGCUUGUUGUUUACGGCGUAGGACUUGCCGUCUACAGGCUGUGGUUCCACCCCCUUAGCAAGAUUCCCGGGCCCUGGUAUAUGGCCAUUUCCGCCAUCUUCGCCUCGUACCAGAACGAUAUUAUGGGCGAAUUAGCGGUUAAAGCCAGGUCCCUGCACGAGAAGUAUGGCGACAUCGUGCGCAUUGGUCCGGACUGGGUGAUGGUCGACGGCAAAGUCGGAUUCGCAGACGUCCUCGCCCGCCGCGUCGGCGGCGACGCCACCGAGUUCCGAAAGUGGCCUGGCAGCGCCGGACCGGGCGGUCACCUCGGUAUCAUCGGCGCCCCGAACUUCGACACACACCGUCGGCAGCGGCGCAUGCUGUCCCACGCAUUUAGCGCCGCGGCCCUGAAAGAGCAGGAGGACCUCAUCUUUUACUACAUCGACCUUUUCAUCAACCGGUUGUCCGAGAUCUCUGCUGAGGGGAAACCUUUGGAUCUUGUUAAAUGGCUCAACUUUGCUACCUUUGACAUCAUUGGAGAUCUUGCCAUCGGCGAGUCUUUCCGCACUCUCGAGUCGAGCAAGAGUCACUAUUGGAUUAAAAAUGUCUUUAGCUCAUUCACGGGGGUUAGCAGGCUCCGCUUUCUCGGAACCAUCAGCAGCCUCCUAGUUCCGAUCGGUUUCCUUCUGGACACGGACGGCAGCAUUCAACGCAUGUUUAAGAACAAGGAAUACGGCGCCGAGAAAGCCAAGACCCGUAUACAGCUCGGCGUCGAACGGCCGAAUACCGGCAACCCCAAGUAUAGCGUCGAUGGCAAGCCCAUAGUAACAAUCAGCCGCGACUUUGUAACCUACAUGCUUGGGAAGAAAGAAGGAGCCCAGGAACGCCUUACGGAUGAGGAGAUUUUUGAGAACGCCAACACUUUGAUCGUCGCCGGCAGCGAAACUACGGCGACGAACCUGUCGAGCGUGUUUUACCUGCUUGCACACCCCGAAAACCGCCACGUCCUCAAGAACAUUACGGACGAGGUUCGUUCAAAGUUCCAGAAGGAGGCCGAUAUCACUUUCCAAACCGUCGAUUCGAAGGCUCUGCCGUAUGUGCACGCCUGCAUUGAAGAGGCCCUCCGCAUCCACCCUCCGGUCGCCGUCCCCAUGCCACGCAGGUCGCCUGGAGCCAUUGUUGGUGGAAAAUAUAUUCCUGAGGGCACCAAGAUCCACGUCAUGCAGUACGCCACAUCCCACAACCCCGACAGUUUUGUCGACCACGGCAGGUAUCACCCCGAGCGCUUCCUGCAGCCGGACCACCCUCUGUACGACGCUCGUUUCAAGAGCGAUGACAUCCAGGCCUUCCAACCAUUCAACUACGGGCCGCGGGACUGCAUCGGCAAGAACCUGGCAUACGUCGAGAUGCGCGUCAUCGUGGCCCGCGUCCUGCUCCGGUUUGAUAUUGAGCUCACCCCCGAGACACCGCUCAACUGGCUCGACCAGCGCGCUUUCAUCGUCUGGCAGAAGCCACCGAUGAUGGUGAAGCUCACGGAGCGCAAGGGCAUUGAGCUUAAGGCGUAAUCAGAUCGGACAUCGCUCCCCUUGUCCUCGGCGAGUAGUGACGCCGGUAUCGGAGACGGUGUACUUGCUUGGAAGUGGCUGUGUGCUGGGCCUUCGCGGUGGGUGUGAGGAUGGGAUGGAAUGGGUUUAAUUCUUAAAUUAACGUGCUUUCUGGCUUUAAAGGCAUUUCCUUUCCCUAUUGAGAUAUAAUACACCACUCUCUUUUGCCUAUGUGGAACACCAUCCCGG